GCCAUUUGUCUAUUCUUGGUCUAUUAUGAUUGCCACUUAGCAAUAUUAGUUUACAAAAGCAAUAGUUGUACUUUGCAUGGUCUCCAGCUGUCUCCUUUUUAGAACUCAUUUGUAAUCUUUUCUCAAGUGUUCUAGAUAAACCAUUUAAGCUUGAGGGUUCUGAAGUGAGUCUUCUCCUAAAUCUACAUUACGUUAUUUGCGUGUGGUUUGUAACUAUUCCCAGCAACACUUGAAUGGCUCUCUUCUUCUCUUUUAAUUUCUCGACAGUACUCAUUCCAGCUGUAGAUCUUUGAGGUGAUGCUUCUCCUUUACUUAUAUUAGAUUUUCUGUGUAUGGGUUGAUGAUUCUUACAGUCAAGAAUCAGAUUAGAUGACUAAUUUAUAGAUUUAUAUAAUUUAUCAUUCUAUUGAUGGAGCCAUGAUUUGGUUCUGUUUCAUCACUUCUCUUUAUAUAUCUUUGUAGUCAGUUGUAUUAGAUGGAGGUCGGAUUUGUCUUGAAAAGGAAUGGGAAAUAAGAAUAAUUCACAUAUAGUAUAUCAAACUUCUUUUUGUUUUUAGUUUGCUACCGAUGUAUAAUUAUUCAGCAAGAUUUUAUAUUCUUUAUUAUCUAUGUGCGUGAGAUUUAAUUUUCAUUAUUUCUUUCAGGUCUACUUAAACUCUUUUUGCUGACCAACAGUAUUUUUAGCUCAGAAUGUCCAGAAAUUACUCACUUCCUGAUUCUCCAGAUGGUAAGAAAGUAUCAAUUUGUUGAUAUUUAUUAGAAAGUAACUUUUAUGAAUAUGUUAUCUUAAAUUUUAAAUUAUGGUUAUUUUUUUCUUGCUUUCAGAUCCAAUUGUCACAUCAUUAGUAAUUAGAGAUCUCAAAGGGGAAUGCAUAACUGGCCAUAUUAUGCUUCGACUUAUUCAUAUAUGGUAUUCUGAUGAAUAUAUAGGAACUGAAACAAGUCAAUUUAUGUAUACACUAUGGAUUGACAAAGAGGGUUGUAUAUGCAUCUAUAUUGUCUUAAUUGUUUCAUUCUACAAUUAGGGGUUAUCCAAAUAAAAUAAUUAUAUAUUAUGUAAUUAGAUAUUAAUAUCUUAUCUUAUCGCUUAAACAAUAUUUAUUAUUUUCUUUGCUUUAUAGGAAAACAUGGUGGAAGGAGUAACAAUUGAAGAAGAUAUUAGUUAUAUGCAGACUUAUUUGAGAGUAAGGAACCUAUAUAAAAUCAAAGACGUACGUCUAAAAAAAGCAAGGAGAAUUCAUCGUACAACACCAGGAGACAUUCGUAUAUACAUUUGCCGAGCAUUAAAGUUUGAUGUAGUAUAUGAAGAUCGAUUUAGGAAACGAUUCCCCAUUGAUAGUUUUAAAAAUGAUGAAUUUGAGGAUCUUCGGAGUAUGGUUGUGAAUCCGACGCAUCUUGCAGAUCUUACAGGUAGUGUCCUGUCCAUAGCACGACCAGUGCAUAAUGAUGAUGGCACAAUGCUUGUGAUUGUAAAAAUAGAAAACAUUAGGAAUGCAAUCGUUGCUAUCAAUUGGAUCACUACCGUGAAUGAUUUCUAUUCCUGGGCUGAAACUCAAGAAAUUAUGUAUCCAGUGGUCGUUAAAUUCACGAGUAUCUUAGUUUAUGAGCCUGAGCCGAACUUUAAUUUGCUCCUCACGGGCACAAAUGAAACACACUUGAUUCGUGGUUCAUAUAUACAUCGAUAUAGGGCACUAUUGAACAGAUAUUUUCAUGAACAUAGGCCAAUUAUGAUACUCAAGCACACAAGAACAAGGAGUGUUUCUUGCUUUAGAGAUCCUUUGCCAAUUGUGGUUACCUUACAGAUGUUGCGUACAUUCCUUUCUACUGCUGAUAUUAAUCUUGAGGCAAGAUAUUGGUGUUUGGUACAAAUUGAGGACUUUAUUGCAGAUCAUGGAAUAGUCAGACGAGAAAAUAACACUUGCUGGUAUGGUGCAUUAAUGUGCUGCAAAGAUUUCGUCGGGGGUUCCAUUACAAUGAUGGAUUUGUGAUAACCUCUACUGGUAGUACGGCUGCUGGCGGGGGGAAGAUGGCCACCUAAUCUCAACUUACACAACGAACCUUGGCGGGGGUUCCAUUACAAGUGCAGAACUAGACGGGAUUACGCAUGGGCUUCGGAUCGCCUGGGACGCUGGAACUAGGAAGGUUCUUCUUCAGACUGACUCGACGACGACAACAUCUCAUAUAGAAUCGGCAACGCUGGAGCAUCUCCACUACACCACUAUUGUCGAGAUUCGGCAGUAGUUACAGCGCGAUUGGGAGGUCCACAUCACCCACGUCUAUAGAGAGGCGAACAUAGUCGCUGAUUAUUUGGCCGGUCUCGGUCAUUCAUAUCCUAUAGGUAGACAUUUGGUUGCUUUUCCUGAUAGUAGUCUGUCGUAUUGGUUGUAUCAUGAUAUUCUUAGGGUUCAGACCACCCAUUUGAUCAUUGAAUAAAGGUUGGAGCGUCCU